CUCCAAACAAGCGCAGCCUUUUUCCGACCUGACAUCCAACCAAUUCUAAUCAAUUGGUCCUGGGUCGCAUGUAAUGCAGCAGAGAGUCAGAGAGAAUCUGAAGCUGCUGUAACCAUGCCUCCUCGAGUGCGCGGUGCAUCGACGCCGCUGGCUGGCCUAGAUGCCACCAUUUCCCUCUCCACGAGGACCUCCGCCUCGUCCACUCCGUUCCUCCGAACCUUCUCGACAACACCAUGCCGCGAGAAGAUGAGCAAGGGUCGUGCGAAGAUGUUCGAGUGGCUGAGCUCCGGCACUGGCAGGAAUCUUGCCGAGCCUGGCAAUGGUCCUAAUUACCUGGGUCCUCACAAUGAUCAGCCUUUUCCUCUCAACCCCCUCUUCCGAAGUCAGCCUGUGCUCUCUGAUGCGACGAGGGAGAUCAUCUAUGAUAAGGUGACGGCGAAGGGAGAGUCUCUGAAGGCGGUGUCUGCUGAAAUGCACAUCGACGUGAGGAGAGUUGCUGCAGUUGUGCGACUAAAGGAGGUAGAGAAGCAAUGGAUUUCCGAAGGCAAGCAAUUGGCAACACCAUACGCCAAGGCAGUUAUGAAGAUGCUACCCAAGACACAUUACAAUGAAGGCGAGGAGAAUGUACCUCACGAGCCCAUCAACGAGAUUCACGUACACAACCUUACCCUACAACAACUAUUCACUCCCGUGUCAGAAUCCCGACACUUCACAAGAGAAGAUGCCGCCAAGGCCUUCCAUGACAAGAUGCUCUCCGCCGAUCAACGAUCACCUCAACCCGAGCUCAUCAAGAUGGAGCGAGACAUCAUCAAGGGCACUGCACGACCAGACGCACUGGCCAAGUUCAAGGCAGUCACACAAGCAGACGAGGACAGAGUAGCCAAGAAGAUUCUAGACGAGCGUAAGCGCGAGGAGGAGCGAACAAGGCGCGUCAAGACAGAUCGCUACGAGUUCCGCUUUAAGGAGAUUAACGUUGAUGAUGUCGGUCGUGAUGGUCGGUCGAGGAAAGGAACGGGUUGGCGGUAUGGUGCGCCGUUUGAGGACCGCAAGCGUGGGUUGGUCAAGAUUCCUACGUCGGUGCCUUGAAGUGUAUGAAUAUAUAUGGGAUAUGGGGUGGCGCCAACUGUACUAUACGAAUACCAACGCCAUGUAUUAAUUAGACAUGGACUGUAUACUCGUCCAGAGAUGAUGAACA